AUGGCGGCCUCUGAAGCAAAGAUCGACAUCGAGAAGGCCCCCAGUGCCGGUGACAGCCAGCCCGAGGUGUUGAUCGGCGAGGUCAAAGACAUACACAACGCCGACGCCGCUCUCGACUUCCUACGGAAUGGCGGUGAUGUAAGCCCCAUGACGGCCGAAGAUGAGCGCAGGCUCAAGCGAAAGAUUGACUGGCGCGUCGUGCCGCUCCUGUUCGCCUGCUACAUCCUCCAGUAUCUCGACAAAACUUUGAUCAACUAUGCCAAUGUCAUGGGCCUGCAGGAUGACACGAGCAUUACGGGAGACCAGUACUCGCAGCUGGCCAUGAUCUUCUACGUGAGCUACUUGGCGUUCGAGUUCCCUCACGCGUGGGGCAUGCAGAGGUUUCCUACCGCCAAGUACAUCGGGAUCAUGGUGUGCCUAUGGGGAGUGGUGCUCGCCACAACCUCGGCAUGUCAUGACUGGGCUGGCUUGGUUGUGACCAGAGUCCUUUUGGGUGUCUUUGAGAGUGCCGUGGCACCUUCGCUGAUUGUGAUCACUACAAUGUGGUACAAGCGACAAGAACAACCGCCUCGAAUGGGCAUCUGGUAUCUCGGAACAGGCGGCGGUACCAUCGUCGGCUCUCUGAUAUCCUUCGGCUUCCAGCAUUACCACAGCUCUGGAUUCACGUCUUGGCAGAUCAUGUUUCUCAUCUGCGGCUUGAUCACCAUAGCGAUUGGAGCCACAGUCAUCAUGGUUCUUCCCGAUAACCCCAUGACCGCUCGGUUCCUUUCUCGAGAGGAAAAGAUUUGGGCCAUCGAGCGCCUACGGGGGAACCAGACGGGUGUCGAGAACAAGCACUUCAAGUGGCCGCAGUUCAUCGAGUGCUUCACGGAUCCGCAGACGUACUUGCUGGCACUCAUCACGAUUUCCUCCAACGUGCCCAACGGCGCUGUUUCGUCGUUCCAAGCCACCAUCAUCAAGGGAUUUGGAUACACUUCGAAGGAGACGGCGUUGUUGUCUAUUCCGUCGGGAGCUGUCAGCAUCGUCUCUAUUCUGGCAGCGACAAACAUAGCAGGCCGUUUCAACCAGCGGGCUAUCAACAUCAUCUGCCUACUUGUCCCAGGAGUUAUCGGGGCAGCGCUCAUGGCAUUUCUUCCCGAAGACAACAAGGCAGGUAAGCUAAUCGGCAACUACAUGACCAACUGCAUCGGAGCCACACUGCCACUCUUGUACUCUUUGGUCGGUGCCAACUAUGCUGGACACACCAAGAAGGUCACCAUGAACGCAACUCUGCUCAUCUGCUUCUGCGUCGGUAACAUCAUCGGGCCUCUAACCUUCACGGCCGAGUCUGCCCCCGAUUACCUUCCCGCAAAGACUGCAAUCAUCGUCACCUGCGGCUUGGCCAUGAUGUUUACGUUGAUGCUGCGGUUUUAUUACGUUUGGGAGAAUAAGCGUCGCGAAAGACUUGUCCAGGAUGGGAACCUGGGGCAUGUGACGGAUAUCGAGUUUAGUGACUUGACCGACCGCAAGAACAAGGAGUUCAGAUAUACAUUGUGA